AGGUACAUAUGAUUUCGGGUCUCCAUGGUUGGGUAAAUCAACAUAGUUGAAUUGUGAUAGAAUGAAGCGCGCAACUUUUAUGAAAUGAGGAUUUAACUAAGAUUUUUUGUUUCGACGCAGCAGCCUCUGAGAACAUACUAGUCCAGCCGGAUGCGGAUCCCCUGUUUCAGACGCAAGGUGCAGCUCAUAGUUGUCAGAGAGGAACAGGGCCUGUGUCGGAAAGAAUGUCAAGGAAUCUGAGGUUGCCAAUUUGGGUAGCAAGGCCUGAGGUAAAGGGUGAGAUGGGUAGUUUGUUCCCUAGCAGAGCCGGCCUACGACAUGAUAUUCCAAAUGCUGAAAAUUUAUUGCAAUUCUACGAAAAGAUGGUUCAUAGUAUGAGGAGUGAUCGGGACAGGAAAUGGUUCAAACACGUAUUCAUGACCUUCGUCCUGCUCAAUGGGGAUGAUUUCAUACAUGAGUUUGGCCCUGAUGGAGAAAUGACAACAAUAGGCUGGACAGCGUUCUCACGUAGGCUGACUAGCAAAGAUGCACGAAUGUACGGCAAGUGGAAGAUAAGGUGGAGGCAUCUAUUUGACAUCCGUUUUGUGGAACACCUGAUGGAUAACUACGAUGCCCUGGAUUAUGGCCUCCUAGCAAGUAUGAUGGAUGAGGAUGUUCUUGGAUACAAAUUACAAUGGACAAAGAAGUUGUUCCUUCCUGUACCAUUGAUGGACGGAUUCUCCUUUUAUGUUGUGGAAGUUGAGGAGAAAACUCUUGUUGUUCUGGAUCCAGCAGAGACAAGCAUUCAUGAUGAUGAGAUGAGCAUCAAACAUGAGGAUAACGCGACACUGGUACUAAAAACACUUCGGACAGUCCUCCGUAAUCACUUCUCAGACUGAGAUAUACCAGAGCUCGGCUGGAGCAUCAUAUAUGGCUACAACAUGAAUGAGCCGUG